AUGGAUUUAGUUUUCCAUCGUUUAUUCCAUCCCUUUGUAAUCGAUUUCAACCUCUCUGGUUCAGAAAUGGCAAUAAGUACUAGUGGAGAAGAGCUUAGAAUACGCUAUGAUCACGUGUCCACCUCUGUGUCACGGGAAGAUUGCGCUGUGUGUCUUUGCAAUAUGGGAGAAACAGAAGAGGUUAUAACGCUGCGCUGUGAUCAUCUCUUUCACAGAGUUUGCAUAGAUAAAUGGGUUGGCUUCAACAGUGCCACUUGCCCUCUUUGCAGACACUCAAUGGGGCCAACAAAGGAAAUCGGAAAGUUAAGUGCUGAAAUUCAAUUAUUUGAGUCUUGUUCUAUCAACCCCCAUGACUAUGAGAUCAAGUGGUUACGCUGA